UAUCUGGAAUAGUGCCAAAACCCCAAAACGUGAGAAUAAUUUCAGUUAAUCUUCAUAGCGUCUUACAGUGGGAUGCCCCUAGGUUUCACAAAGGGAACGUGAGUUACACUGUCCAAUCUAAGAGCAUCAAUUUCCCUGGAAACACGUAUGAAAAUGUGAGCACAAACCUGAGGCUCACAGAGUGCAAUGUCUCUUCUCUGUCUGCAUACGGAGACUACAUUUUACAGGUCAGAGCGGAGGCAGAAAAUGACCAUUCAGACUGGGUGACCGUCAGAUUCAAGCCGAUGGAUGAUACAGUCAUUGGGCCACCUGAUGUAAAAGUGAAGUCAGAGUCUGGGUCCCUGCAUGUGGAUUUCAUAGGCCCUUUUGCUGAACAUGACAAGUGGCCUCUAAAGCAAUACUACGGCUCGUGGAAUUACAGAAUACUGUACUGGAAGGAAGGCAGCAAUACAGAGGUAACUCGCAUAGAUACUAAACAUAGCUCUGAAAUAUUAUCUCAGUUGGAGCCGUGGACGAUAUAUUGUAUUCAAGUGCAAGCAGUUAUCCCUGAGUGGAACAAAACAGGGGAGCUGAGCGGAGAGCUUUGUGAGCAGACAACCCACAAUGGCAUAACUCCUGUGUGGGUAAUCGUGACAGUUCUUAUAGGAUCAAUGCUGGCCGUUGUAAUAUCUGUUCCUGUUUGUUUCUUUUGCUUUUUGUAUCUAUAUCGACUCACCAAACAUGUUUUCUGCCCUUCAUAUAUUUUCCCACAACACUUGAAAGAGUUUUUGAGCAAGCCUCCCAGCGGUUUGCAGUUUUCUUCUUCACUCCCACAAGAAGAGCAUCUUUUUUAUGACAAGAUAACUGUCAUUUCAGAAGAAUCCGAAAAUCACGACAAUGAGACUGGGGAUGAGGCCAGCAAGACAGCAGAGCACCUUCAGGACUCUGACCAAGAAGAUUCUGAUUCAAGAAUAGUACCAGCUUCAGAAAAGGCCUAA